AUGGAAGUGUUGGACCCCUACAACUCUUUCAUAACUCACGAAUCCGGUAAUACCCGCGACCAGCUCAGUACGAUUUACGACACCCUGGUACCACGGGCAUUCCUGGGCUGGGGUAACGUUUCAACGUUGGGCUUCGGUUGGGCUGCUUCCGUUGCUGCGAGAAUGGCAGACCAAAAUCGCCCUGCGGUAACCGUAACCGGCGAGGCGGGACUGGGCUACAUGCUGGGCAAUUUGGAAGUUGCCCUGCGCCAAAACCUGGGCGUUACCGUGGUUCAUAUCAGUAAUGGCGGCUUUGCCGGUUACGGUCCCGGUUUCUGGGGGCCAGGCCACGACCCCUUCACCCACUCCGUCCUGGGCCCGGAUGACGUUGAUAUGUCCAGGGUGAUAGGCGAAUUGGGCUUCCACACCGAGCGGGUUUCGGAGCCUUCGGAAGUGGAACCCGCGCUGCGUCGCGCCUUGGAGGUCAAUCAGUCCAACCGGCCAGCCUACAUCGAAUUCCUUUGCAGCCAAUUUCCUGUUUACGGCGAGUGGGUAGGGCGAUAG